AUGACCUCCGAUAAACAAAACAACGGCCAUCUCGCCAAACCAUUCACGCCAACCCUCAGCGCGGCCUUUCACCGGACCAGCAAGUCGCCUCUAACGCCGAAGCUCGCCAGUCCAAGUCCAGGACCGCCUGUUGCCCGCCGCCUCGCCCAUCCGGACCAGUCGUAUUCAACCCCUUCCAAGGACGAGAUCCCCGCGAUUCCUCCAACCUUCCUUAGUGCCAACGUUACGCCUCGAUCAGGCUCUCGCAACACGCGCCGGGAUGGAUUACUAUGCUCGCCCUCGAAUACUCCCCCAGUCCCUUCGCCGCAGACUCCCUAUUCUCAGCCCACCACCGGCCCUGGCGGCCCUGGGUACAAUGGGGGCCGUCGAACGGAACGCAGCCCAGCUCGCGGCGUCAAGCCAGAACAGCCGAGAAGCUUGAGAGCCAAAAUCCUGACAGCAGAAGGGCCGCAGCUUUCGCGUCCAAACUCAUUUUCUGACGUGCCUUCCUCGUCUCCUAUGUUCUUCCAUGCCUCCGAUGCCCACUCCUCCCACUCCUCCGAGACGGAUACCUCUCGUCCCAAGCCCCAGGCGAAGAUGUCCCCUGCUUCGAGCUUUAUCUAUGCCGACGGGAACCAAGAACAGCAAUCACCGGCGGAGGAUUCCAUUGCUACAACUGCUGCUAAUCGCCGGUCCGGUGGUCUCCCGGGGGGCCUUCCCCGUCCCGUGGCCGCCAGCAGACCAGUGCCUUCGUCCUCGCCUCGCUUAAAAUCCCCCAAACUUUCGGAUGCUGCUUCCCCCCACCGGUCGACACACGGCUGCAAUCCAGCCCCAACCCUGAUCCCGGAUUGGAUCGGUUCCCGCAGCGCUAUGGCUCGCCUCCAAGCACACUCCCUCACAAACCACACCCCUCGAUUACACAACACGCCAGAUCAUCCAGUAUGGACUCGACACACCACGGUACUCCGCUACGGGACAGUCUCCAUGCGAGCCCUAUCAUUCACCUUCUACGGCGAGGGCAGUAUGCCGGUGAUGUCAGACCAAAUCCCCACUCUUCGCCCCCGGAUCUUCAGCAAUGGAUCUUCCGUUUCUGUUUCGACCGAUGCCCCGUCAUCUGUGCCUCUUAGUCCUGGAAAAUCAGAAGGCCCCGGUGGUGACGCGGCGGCCAAUGCUCGAACCGAGCGCAAAAUUCUAGAUCUGGAGAUCAGUAAUUCGUCUCUGCUUGCUAUCAAUCGCACACUGGAGCGAGAAAUGCGGAAACAGAAUGCUGAGCUGCGUCGAUAUCGACGCCUAAGCCGCUCGGGUCGUCUGUCCGUGGCCCCCUCCACCCGGUCUUUCUCGGGCACAGCACUGUCGGUCACCAGCGAAUUAGACGAGGGUACCAGCGAGCUCUCAUCCACUCGCUCGCAGGAUGACUUAACCGAGUUCAGCGACGAGGAAUCUGUCGCAGACGAGAGUAUCAUGAGCCCAGACUCGCUGGCCGAGCACGACGCGAAGCACCGAGUUCACGAUGAGAAGCGGUUCAUGCUUGACCUUGUGCGGCACCAGGAGCUCCUGGUGGACAGUCAGAAAAUGAACCAGAGCCUAAAGCGCUGUCUGGGAUGGACAGAAGAGCUGAUCAAAGAAGGGCAAAAGGCACUAGAGUAUAAUGUCCAUGUCCACGAUAUCGAGCUUGGUGGGCGCGUGCUGGCACCGGAAGAACUGGGUGAAAUCGACGAGAGCACACAAGGAUUGCUCAGUCCGUCCACCGAAUGUCCUCCGACGUUUCCCUCGAGUGAGCCGGCAUCUGAUGCCAUGGAACAGGCUGCAUAG